CGGAGCGAGCGGCUGCUCACACUCGCGCUCAUAGCCUCGCUCGCAGGAUAGUCGCAUGGCUCGCGCUCUGUAACGCGCUGGGAUUAAAGCGGCAUUGACUCCAUCUGCCCACCCGCCUGCCCGCCGGAGAGGGACCUUCUGUUAAGAACGCAGGCCUGCUGCAGAACGCUUCCCGAAAUGCUUCGACCAACUUGACAUGUGACGUGGCCAGACAUCAACAGGAGAAAUCCACUGUCAGCUUUUCGAGAUUCACCACCCGCUGAGUUUUGAGGCUGCGUGAUCUAGAAGAGGGCCUUCCGAGCUGCCGGUCUGGUGGCAAUCUGCAUGAGACACAGAGGAGACCAGACCGAACAACAUCUAUCUGUCCAUCCAGCUCUGCCCUUUGGAAGCUGUUCAUCACCAAGCAACCACCUCAUCCCCCAGCUCCCGCCGGACCACUUUCGGAGCACCUGGAACUUUUUUGAGUUCACCCUGGACCUUCUCGUUCCGAGAUCGCCAAUGCUUACAAGGAACUGUCUGUUCCUGCUGCUCUGGUUUCUUGUCAACGAAGGUCUCCUGUCACCCCUCCGUCCGCCCUCCCAAGGCAGGCUGGGAAAGGAACGCCCCCGCGGCCCUGGAGGACUGAGGAGGAAUGGCGGACCCGGAUUCCAGCGGGUCAAACGGGGCUGGGUGUGGAACCAGUUCUUUGUCCUAGAGGAGUACAUGGGUUCUGACCCACAGUACGUUGGCAAGCUCCACACGGACCUGGACAAAGGCGACAGUGGGGUGAAAUACACGCUGUCCGGGGAGGGCGCCGGCUCUAUCUUCACCAUCGACCAGACCACCGGUGACAUCCAUGCCCUGCGCAGCCUCGACCGCGAGGAGAGGGCUUUCUACACGCUCCGCGCCCAGGCCGUCGACCUGCAGACGGGCCGGCCGCUCGAACCCGAGUCUGAGUUCAUCAUCAAGGUGCAGGACAUCAACGACAACGAGCCCAAGUUUCAGGAGGGGCCCUAUGUGGCCAGCGUCCCCGAGAUGUCACCCGUGGGUACCUACGUGACACAGGUGACAGCUACGGACGCGGACGACCCUACCUACGGGAACAGCGCCCGGGUGGUCUACAGUAUCCUGCAUGGCCAGCCCUACUUCUCCGUGGAUGCCAAAACGGGUGUGAUAAGGACUGCCUUGCCAAACAUGGACAGGGAGGUGAAGGAGCUCUACCAAGUCCUGAUCCAAGCCAAGGACAUGGGGGGCCAGUUGGGGGGGCUGGCCGGUACCACCACCGUCAACAUCACGCUCAGUGACGUCAACGACAACCCCCCACGGUUCUCCAAAAGCAUCUUCCACCUACGGGUCCCCGAGUCCUCCCCCGUGGGGUCCGCCGUGGGCAGGAUCAAGGCACACGACCUGGACAUCGGGAAGAACGCGGAGGUGGACUAUACCAUCGUCCCUGGAGACGGGGGAGCCACGUUUGACAUCACUACUAACGAGCACAACCAGGAGGGCAUCAUAGUCCUGAAGAAGCCCCUGGACUACGAAACAAAGAAGGCGUAUACCUUCAAAGUCGAGGCCUCGAACCCACAUCUGGAUCCGCGCUUCCACAGCGCAGGGCCCUUCAAGGACACGGCGACGGUGAAGAUCAUCGUGCUGGACGUGGACGAGCCGCCAGUGUUCAGCAUGCCGGCCUACGGCAUGAACGUGUAUGAGGACACGCCCGUGGGCAUCAUCAUUGGGGCUGUCACCGCCCAGGACCUGGACGUAGGGGGCAGCACCGUGAGGUACUCCAUCGACUGGAAGAAUGAGCUGGACAGCUACUUCGCCAUCGACCCGGUGGAGGGCACGAUCUCCACCAACCACCUGCUGGACAGGGAGACUACGGCCCAGCACACUAUCUCCGUGGUGGCAACGAAAGUUAACAAUCCAAUCCUGAGCAGCAAGGUUGCUGUAACAGUCCAUGUAAUGGAUGUCAACGAGUUUCCACCAGAGCUGGCCGUGCCAUACGAGGCCUUCGUUUGUGAGAACGCCAAGGCGGGACAGGUGAUCCAGGUGAUCAGUGCCAGGGACCAGGACCUGUCCCCUGUGGGCCAGACGUUUAGCUUCAGAUCCCCCCCUGAGGACAUCAAGAACAAGAACUUCACCAUCCAGGACUUCGGAAACAACACGGCGGGCAUCGUGACCCGCAGGGCAGGCUUCCGUCGUCGCGCCCAGGAGUCCUACCAGCUGCCCGUGGUGAUGGAGGACAACGGCUACCCGGUGCAGAGCAGCACCGGCACUCUCAGCAUCCGCGUGUGCGGCUGCGACGCCGACGGCUCGCUGCUCUCCUGCAACGUGGAGGCCGUCUUCCUGCCUGUGGGGCUCAGCACGGGGGCUCUGGUGGCCAUCCUCCUCUGCAUCGUCAUUCUGCUCGUGAUCGUCGUCCUCUACGUGGGUCUGAGGAGGCAGAAGAAGAUGGAGACCCUCAUGACCUCCAAGGAGGAUAUCCGAGACAACGUGAUCCACUACGACGACGAGGGCGGCGGUGAAGAGGACACACAGGCCUUCGACAUGGGUGCCCUGAGGAACCCCAAGACAAUGAAAGAGGGCCCCUCCCGCCGGGACGUCAGGCCCGAAUCCGCCCCCCUCCCAAGGCCAGCCCCUGGUUCUCAGGACGGCGCUGACAUGUGCGACUUCAUUCACCGGCGACUACGGGAGAGCGAUGUCGACGGAUUGGCACCUCCAUACGACUCGUUGGCCACAUACGCCUACGAGGGUAACGGCUCCACCGCCGGCUCUCUCAGCUCCAUCGAGUCGCUGGCGGGGGAGGCUGAGGAGGACUAUGAUUACCUCCGAGAGUGGGGGCCGCGCUUCAAGACUCUGGCGGGGAUUUUUGGAGAGCAGGACUCCCAGUCAGAGUUAACGGACAACAAGCAUUAACACCAGUUAUCGGCACCUUUGCGUCCAUUUUUAUCGUUUUGUUGUUGCUGUUUUUUUUUUGGGUUUUUUUUGGCAGAUUUGUUUUCUGUUUAUUUAAUACUGGCUUCUCUUUUAAGGGAUAUUAUCACUCUCCUCGCUCUUGAGAUGCUGCCUUGGAGAAAUCUGAGGAGAAAGAGUCAGAGGAUGACAAGCCAGCCUUCCGGUUGUCCGAUUUUCUGUAAAUGUAGGCCAAUGCGCCAGUAAGGCUCGUGGCUGGUAUUGAAUGCAAGGAUCCUUAAACUCAUUUUAAAGUGCCUCAAGAGACUGAUUUUCCUUAUUUUCCCACAAAGACUCUUUUUUUGUUCUCCUUUGGCUGGUAACUCCAAGUGCCCGUAAAAAAGGCUGGAAUUUGGGUUUGACAGAAAUGUGGCGUUAAGCUAGCAGUCAGUAGGCGGUUCGAUCGCUAAUUAACACGCUAAAUAAAGGCACCUGGCAAAGACGCAGCGGCCCUAAAUAGGCCAAAGAUAUUUUAAGGUUUAUCAGUUAAUUUAUUUGACUAUUUAUUUAUUUAUGUAUUUAUUUAUUUAUUGUCUAUUUAAUGGUUUACUUGCUUACUGAUUGAUGCAUUCAAAGAUGAAGAGAAGAUGAGGAAUUCUUCUUUUUUGUUAACUUGACAGACACUUGAGGUUUUUUGUAAUUAUUCACGUCCCAUCCAGCAGCGGACACGGCGGUUCUGACGAACAGCUGUACAAGGUUGUACUUGUUGUUAAAAAAAAAAUAAUAAAAAAAAAAAUAAUUAGGGCUACACAUGGAGUAUUGCGUUUCAGGUCAUGUAUUCAUCACCGUUUUCUUAAAUAAACACCACUUGGAAAUAU